AUGCCACUUCCGGCAGGCCUUGAGAAUGAAGCAAACGGGUCUUCUCAGACCCUGAGGUCUCCGAACGAUCCUUCGGCACUUGCAAUCAUUGGUAUUGGGUGUCGCCUGCCUGGUGGCAUAGCUAGUCCAUCUCAGCUCUGGGAUUUCUUAAGCCAAGAACGAUCUGCAGCUGGGCCGAUACCAUCCUCACGUUUUAACAAUGACGCAUAUACCGGUGGCAAAGAUGAGCCUGCCUCAGCGGUGGGACCAGGAGGAUACCUCCUGCAGGGUGACAUACGGCAGUUUGACAACCAGUUCUUCGGGAUCAACAAUCGGGAAGCCGCCGAUAUGGAUCCGCAGCAACGAUGUCUACUUGAGACAGUAUUUGAGUGUUUUGAGAGUGCAGGAUACUCUUUAAGUCAAGUUUCCGGGGCUCAAGUUGGAUGCUACGUUGCCAGCUUUUUACAAGACUACUCCUCACUGCAGACAAAGGAUGUGGAAUGGCUCACUCGUUACUCGGGAGUAGGGAUGGGAACACCUAUCCUCGCAAAUCGAGUGAGCCAUGCUUUCAAUCUCAAGGGCCCGAGUUGUGCAAUUGAUACUGCUUGUUCUGCUUCGAUUUACGCGUUACACCAAGCUGUCUCCGCCUUGAGAAAUCGCGAGUGUGAAUCCGCAGUGGUCGCAGGUGUGAAUCUCCUCCAAUCCCCCGAUCAUCAUGUCUCUGCAUCUCAAGCCGGCGUGAUCUCACCUACGUCUGUGUGCCACACUUUUGAUAUAUCUGCAGACGGCUAUGGUCGUGCAGAUGGAGUGAAUGCCAUAUAUGUUAAACGAUUAGAUGAUGCUUUACGCGACGGUGAUCCAAUCCGAAGCAUCAUCCGUGGGACUGCUACAAACAGCAAUGGCCGUACCCCUGGAAUUACCCAACCAAGCAUUGACGGUCAAAUUUCCGUUGUGCGAAAGGCUUACGAUCAAUCUGGCUUAAACCCUUCAGACACAGCGUAUGUAGAAAUGCAUGGGACUGGUACAGCUAUCGGUGAUGUAAUGGAAGCUCAAUCAGUUGCUCGGGUUUUUUGUGAAGGAUCUCGUAGCUCUCCACUGCUUGUGGGUGGCGUGAAGCCAAAUCUAGGCCAUGGAGAGGCUUCGAGUGGCUUGACUAGCAUAAUUAAAGCUACGCUAGCCCUCGAAAGGAGGCAACUGCCUGCAACUAUUGAUGUUGUGAAUCUUAAUCCUAAGCUUCAGCUGAAGGAAAACGGCAUUCAACUCGUGCAAAAGGCAGCUCCAUUCCCGAAGCCAAGCCCUGGACUAGGUCGCCGCAUAAGUGUGAAUGCAUUUGGAUAUGGCGGAGCCAAUGCUCAUGCAAUCAUUGAAGAACCUGGCUCAUAUGGCAGAUUUGCCACAAGCCGCUCGAGAGGUGACAAUUCAACCACUACUCAGAGUAGAUUAGACCGGACCCGGCCAUAUUUACUACCAUUCUCUGCCAACGACAGCUACUCCUUGGAAAGACGGGUUCAGCAGAUAGUCCAACUAAAUUUACAAGCAUGUGUCACAGCAGAUCUCGCCUACACCUUGGGCGAACGUCGCUCUCAUCUUAAGGCCCGCGGGUUUGUGAUUGCACAGCCAGAGACACUAGCCCGAGAUCUGACCUUCCAAAAUCUUCGACUAGCCACUGCAACGGAGCCCGCACUGGCCGAGAGUCGCAAAUUUGGAUUCGUCUUCACCGGACAAGGAGCUCAAUGGCAAGGCAUGGCGGAAGAAUUGCUGCAGGUUCCUGUAUUUGCCAACGCUAUCUCCCAAAUGGACGAAGCCCUAGCAGAUCUACCAAGUCCCCCCUUCUGGAAAAUCUCGACAAUGUUGAAGGAUAAGUCAGUUUGUUCUCCGGUGAAUCAAGCUCGUUAUGCGCAACCAAUGACCACUGCAGUGCAGAUCGCACUCGUGGAUCUUCUUAGAGUAUUGCGUAUUUCAGCAGAUGGCGCCAUUGGUCAUUCUUCUGGUGAAAUUGCGGCGGCCUAUGCAGCCAAUAUGAUUGAUAUGCGGGAAGCGGUUACUUUAGCAUAUUAUCGAGGACUUGCCGUAGCCAACUCCGCUCCGCUUGGAGCUAUGGCAGCGGUGGGACUUACCUCUGAUAUAGCUGGAGAGUGGAUUCGAACAGAAUGCGCGGGAAAAGGCCAGGUGCGGGUGGCUUGCAUCAAUUCUCCAGAAAAUGUGACCAUUAGUGGCGACUGUGAUGGUGUAGAUGCCCUCGUCUCUGCCCUGACCGCGAUGGGAAUUUUCGCACGCAAGCUUAAGACCGGUGACAAAGCGUACCAUUCGCAUCAAAUGGCGGCUGUCGGUCUAACUUAUGAGAGUCUCCUUCAAGAUGCCAACAUAUUCCCUGAUGCUCCAGCUCAGGUGGAUGAUGUUGAGAAUGAAGGUUCAUGCAUGUUCUCCACAGUCUUUCGCCGGAAGGUUGGAAAGUCUGACAUUCGCACUACGAGGUAUUGGCGGCAAAACCUGGAAUCCCCAGUACACUUCUCAGAUGGGUUACUCAGUCUUGCUAUCUCGCUGGAAGAUUUCUACCUUGUAGAGGUUGGCCCACAUACUGCACUGAAACUGCCAAUUUUACAGACCUUGGGCAAACCCACUCUGUAUUUUGGAACGCUCAAGCGUGGACAGGACUCCCUGAGCUCUCUGCUGGAGCUUGCUGGUGAACUCUUUAACAGUGGCUUCCCGGUCAGCUUCCCUCAUUUACAGAAUCUUUAUCCAAGCUCAAGUUCCCCACCCAAACUCCUCCAUGAUCUUCCCACUUAUCCUUGGCACUACGAGAAGCUUCUAUGGAACGAGUCUCGUAUAGCCCGCGAGACUCGUGAGCGAAAGUACCCACGCCAUGAACUGUUGGGUAGCCCCGUGCCUGGAGGCAACCUGAUCACUUUUGGCUGGCGGAACCGACUACUGCUUGAUAAUCUCCCUUGGCUGAGAGACCACAAGCUGGGGGAUGAGACAGUCUUCCCAGGAACCGCUUAUCUUUGCAUGGCCGUGGAAGCUGUACUUCAAACACGUGGAAUCGGAAUGAGUCAAGACUUGGCCAAUUAUUCCGUCAGCCUUCAGAAUGUGGACCUGCCUAGUGUGCUGCCCAUCGGAGAUCUGGAUUUCAUCGAACUGUGCACUGAAUUGUCCCCCCGUGAGAUCUCAAAUUUGACCCAGUCUCCAGAUUGGUUCGAUUUCAAGAUCGUGUCAAUUGCUGUUGAUAAACCCACCAUCCGCGCCCGCGGUUCCGUCAAAUUGGAGACGGGAUCAAGCCUGGCGCAUUAUGUGCUCCCUCGCACAAAUUGUCGUCUUAUAUCCAAGAGCAAGCGAAUGUGGUAUGAAAGUAUGCACAAAUGCGGUCUGCGCUACGGUCCCACCUUUCAGCACAUGCAGGACAUCUUUACACCAGAUACAAACGGUGUUCUAUAUGCACAGGCUAAGUUGAACAGCAUCAAUCCUCGAUUCGAAUCUGCACAACAGUCGCCUCGGUAUUUUGUACAUCCGGCAAUUCUGGACAAUGUUCUGCAAACCAACUUAAUCGCUUGUGCUGGAGGCCAUUUGGAAUCGAUGGUCGCAAAGAUACCAAAAAGCUUCGGUCGUAUCACUCUCAAGGCGCCUUCAUCUGCUGGGAGUGGGGCGACAAUUCGCUCUGCGUCCACCGUGACUGGGUUUGCAACCAAUGACACCAAUGCAGCCCUAUUAGACUCAAAUCAGAAUCCCUUGGCCCAUUUUGAGGGGGUGAAGUUCGUCAAAUAUUCCGGCAGUGAUCGAAUGGAGGAAGUUCGACAUCCAUUGUAUCGAUUUGUUUGGAAGCCGGAUGUUGAUCACAUUCCGAACGACAACGCAUUCUCCGCUGCCAUAGAUCAUGUUCGCUCAACAACCGACCUCGGGCUUCUUCCAGAUUCUAGCAGAGACACCAUGAUGGUUUUGGAUCUGACUGUGCAUAAAGAUCCAAAUGCCGAUAUUCUAUUUCUCUCUUCGGAUCUGUCCCUAGCAGAACUGGCACUAACAGAGCUCUUCAAGGCACAGACAGUCCACCGCCGCUUCAAUUCUUUCCAUUUAGGUCGCUUGGGCUCAGACGGCCAGUUGGAAGUGGCUGCACUUCAGGACUAUGCAUUGCCAUUUGAAGACUCCUUUUCAUCGUUUGUGACGGCGUCCUCGGAUCAAACCUUUGGCCUUGUUAUCUCGGAUGAAAAGACAUCCCAUCUCGACCAUCUGGCUCUCCAUACAAAACCAGCUACGCGGAUCAUAGAUACCAGUCACGGUCAUGAAGAGCGUUUCCAAAGUGAAAGAUUUGUCGUUGCCCACGCUUUAUCGAACACUUCCGGUCCGGGUGUACGGAUCCUUCGUCCGGCACCAAAGGAGAACGACCGCGCUUCCCAGAGAUUCAACAAUGUUCUUCUGGUCACCCGCACACCAUCCCAUGAAGAUGAUGAUUAUUUGCGGGAUCAUUUGGGUGCCGAUCUGUCUUUACCGGUCGAGAAGUGUAAAUUAACGGAUAUUGGAAACGUCUCUAUCAGCAAGAAUACUCUUGUUGUGUCAACUGUCGAGCUUCAGCACGAUUUGAUGGCGCGGGCUACACAAGAGGAAUACGCGGCAAUUCAAAAGAUCUUAGCGAAGCCAGUAAGAAUGGUUUGGGUCAGUGGCUCGGGACUUCAUGAGGGUAGCGAUCCAACUAGGGCAGUCUUUCACGGACUGGCACGCGCCAUCAUGAUUGAACAGCCGGCAACAGAAAUUUUCUCCCUGGAAAUGGAUCCGAAUGCGAGCCCCGCUGAUAUCUCCUAUUAUGUAGCCCGAGUCAUCGCGCGACCAGAAGGCUGCCCGCCCGACUACGAGUACCUCCAAAGCAAAGCGGGCCUUCUUGUGAGCCGCGGAGUUCCAGAUGAACGUAUCAACGAUCACUUCCGCAACAAACACCAGGGCAUAGCCGUUCAAGAAUCCCUAGGCAGUGCUGGACCGGUGUCCCUUUCACUCGAAAAGCCUGGUCAGCUAAGUACCGUCCGAUUCAUCAAGGAACCUAAGCAGAAUCUAGGACCCGAAGACGUUCUGGUCAAGGUCAGCUGGAUUGGCCUAAAUGCAAAGGAUGUCUAUGCUUUGAGUGGUAGAGUGGAGACUCCAGAGGCCACUUGCAGCUUGGAAUAUACAGGAAAGGUUUUGGCAAUUGGAUCAACCGUCGAUGGCCUCGCCGUCGGUGAUCAUGUUGCUGUAGGGUAUCCUGGCCAUUUCAGUUCUCAUGAAGUUGUUCCAGCUUAUGCAUGCGUUAAGCUACUCCCUCACGAAGACCUCCGCAGCUUUGCGUCGGUCCUUGUUGUCUACGGAACAGCCCUCUACGCCCUCGAGCAUCGCGCCCAUCUGCAACCUGGCGAGUCAAUCUUGAUCCAUUCUGCUACAGGAGGUGUUGGGAAUGCCGCUAUCCAGAUUGCCAAAUUAAUGGGUGCAGAAAUCUUUGCCACGGUUGGGACCGAGGAAAAGAAGCAGAAUCUGGUUGAACACUUUGGACUUCAACCAGAUCAUAUCCUGAAUUCACGCAUUUCUGGUUUCGGGGCUCAGAUCCGCUCAUUAACAGAUGGCCGUGGCGUUGAUGUGGUCCUAAAUUCGCUCAUAGGUGACCUGCUUUUCGAGAGCUGGGAUUGUUUAGCGGAAUUUGGACGUUUUGUGGAAAUUGGCAAAAAGGAUAUUACGGAUCAUGGUCGACUGCCCAUGCAUUCUUUCAAGAGAAGUACCACUUUCACGGCCUUCGAUUUGAGCUCAUUGUACCUCGCUCAAUCCCCCGCCAUGCGGCGCUUUUACCACGGACUCAACACCCGUAUUAUAGAGCUACUGCGCGAUGGAAAAGUCCAACCAGUCCAGCCUUUGAAAAGCUUCACCGCAGCAGAUUUGAUCCGAGCAUUUCGCCAUUUCAAUGAUCCAGCUCGUAUGGGGAAGAUUGUGAUCUCUUUUGAAGAUCCAGAUCUCAUUAUUCCAGUUGUGCCGGAGCAAUUCGUCACACAACUACACCCGGACAAGAGUUAUGUGAUGGUUGGAUGCUUAGGAGGAUUGGGCCGCAGUCUUUCUCAGUGGAUGGUCAGCCGUGGUGCAAAAACCUUCGUCUUUCUUGGACGUAGCGGGAUGAAGAAGCCUGCCGCACGACGUCUUGUGGAAGACCUUGAGCAACAGGGCGCCCAAUGUAUUGUCAUCCAAGGAGAUGUGACCAGCUCUGAUGAUGUCGAAAGGGCUUUUGAAGCAGCUCCAUUACCCCUGGGGUCCUGGCGUGAGGGAACCGCGGCUAAGGUAGAGGGAGCUUGGAACCUGCACAAUGCUCUCUCAAAGUCGGAUCGGGAAAUUCAUUUGGAUUUCUUCAUAAUGACCAGUUCAAUCAAUGGAAAGAUCGGAACAGCUACAGAAAGCAACUACUGUGCCGCGAAUAAUUUCUUGGAUGUCUUUGCCCGCUACCGUCGAACGCUGGGUCGCCCUGCCAUUGCACUUGGCCUUGGAGCCAUCGCGGAGAUCGGCUAUCUGCAUGAACACUCUCACAUUGAAGAGUUACUCCUACGGAAGGGAAUUCGGUUCCUUACUGAGAGCGAUGUCCUACAAAUUUUCGAUCUCGCCCUCUCCAAGCCCCCUACCAUCGCUCAUCCCUCUGAUAUCAUCACGCAGUCGCUUUUACUCUCCGGAGUGGAGGUAACGACCCUGCAACGAUACCACGAACAAGGCUUCAAAACAUUCUGGCAUUCACUCCAUGAUGUACGAUUCUCCAUUCUCAUCAAUACCUUGAAGCGAGCAUCAGGAAGCACAGCCGUCGAAGGGGGCAGCACACAUGAAUCUGCACUUUGCAGUGCAGUCGCGCUCAAGGAUGAAGCCCAGGUCAUCGCAGCAACUCAGGGAACCAUUACGCAAAAGCUGUCGCACAUGGUCCUUAUACCGGUCGAUAACAUCAAUGUCCAGGCCUCUUUGUCUGACUUUGCCAUGGACAGUAUGCUGGCAUCUGAGCUUCGACAGCAUAUCUUCAGCGUCACCAAGGUCGAUAUAUCUUUCCUCACACUCAUGGAUCCUAAGGCCAGUGUGUCCAGUUUGUGUACGAUUAUCGCCUCUGCUAUGCUGCAGGAACCACAAUAA